AUAUAUUACGAGGUGUGUGCUGAAGUGAAGCGGUCCUUCAUUAUAUUUCCGCAGACGAUAACCGGGCCUGAGGCACAUUCGAUUAUCGCCGUGCAGGGCAGGUGUGUGGAGAAUGCGAGUCCAGUUGGUACUCUAAAACCAACUUACGUGUGCAAGGCCACUGGAGCGUGGGAUAUGCCGACGGGAGAGUGCAAAUGUAACGCUGGGUAUAUGGGGUCAGCGAAAGAGAGUGUUUGUACUGCAGCGCAUCCACCUUGUUGUUGCGGUAAUGAAAUUAGAGACGGGGUGACGCAUACGCAUACGCGUACGCGUACGCACACGUAUGGCGGUGCAUCUGACGCGUUUACGUUUACAGUUGCCGAUGGUCGGUGGCUAUUGUCGUCGUCGUCUUUGUCGUGGUGUUUUUUUGUUGUUGUUUGUGUUGAGUAG